AUGCUUAUCUUCGGAACAAUAGCGAUAGCCGUUUAUGCGAUAAUUUCUGUCAAGACAACAACUGCUGCUAGUAGUCUCAUCACUACUACUGGUGUUACAAGUGUCGCAACCGCAACAACCGUCUCAGUCACCACUAGUACCAUAACUACGUCAAGCACAACUAGUUCAAGUACAACUAGUUCAAGUACAACUAGUUCAAGUACAACUAGUUCAAGUACAACUAGUUCAAGUACAACUAGUUCAAGUACAACUAGUUCAAGUACAACUAGUUCAAGUACAACUAGUUCAAGCACAACUAGUUCAAGCACAACUAGUUCAAGCACAACAACUAGCACAACUACUAACUUCCUAUUUCGUUGGAACUCAACUGGCAUUACUUUGGCAGGUGUUACAGGUUCCGCAGGUGCAAGUUCUACUCAACUUUCCACUCCAUACAGUAUGACAUUGGAUUCGUCAAAUACACUCUAUAUUGCCGAUCGCAACAAUAACCGAGUUCAAAAGUUUUUAACGGGUUCAUCAACUGGCACUACAAUCGCUGGACAGUCCAAUGGCACAGGAGGAGCAGCAUUGAAUUAUUUGAACUAUCCUUCCGAUGUCGAAGUUGACAUAAACGGAAAUAUUUAUGUAGUAGAUUCACACAAUCAUCGAGUUCUAUUUUGGCCCAACGGAUCAUCUUCGGGUACAAUUGUUGCCGGCAAUGGUAUUUCUGGUACAUCAAACAAUCAACUCGAUACUCCGUAUGGUAUUACACAUGAUUGGAGUGCGAAUAUAUUUUAUAUAACAGAUCAAAACAAUCAUCGUGUCAUGAAAUAUUUAUCAAAUUCAACAUCCGGUACUGUAGUUGCCGGCAACAAUGGACAAGGAAUGGGUACUACACAAUUGAAUUAUCCUUUAGGUGUCUACUUUGAUUCAUCUUCGAAUAGUCUUUUAAUUGUCAAUUAUGGUGCUCACAAUGUUGUUCGUUGGGUAUUGGGUGCCAGUAGUUGGACACUUGUCGUUGGUAACACUGGAGUUUCUGGCAGUACAUCUACAUUACUCUUCACGCCUUUCGAUGUUACAUGUGAUUCUAUGAACAAUGUCUAUGUGGCCGACUCAGGUAAUCAUCGCAUACAAUUUUUUUUCGCUGGUCAAUCGAAUGGAACAACAGUUGCUGGAAUAACAGGCACAGUGGGCAGCACUUCCAUUUUACUCAAUCAACCCACUUCAAUAGUUGUUGAUGCUCAAUUCAAUAUAUAUGUAGUAGACUAUGCGAAUAGUCGAAUACAAGAGUUUCUACACUAUUGA